AUGUCUAAUGACGAGCUGCGACGACUGUCCAAGCAAGAACGGCAAUUGCGAAAUGUGAUGGACGUAAUGAAGGACUUCGUUCGAAACUACCAAGAGCACCUCGAUAAGGGAUCUUUGGCAGCACGAAUUCAAAAACUUGAUGAAAUUUACGAUUUAUUCUGUGAAGUUCGAAUGCGCAUCGACCUGAUAUUGGAGGAUACAGACUUUGACGAAGAUUUCGUGGAUCCUGAUGAAUCUGAAGAAGAUCAUGCGGUUAGGACGGCAAGAACGAAGGCAAAGAAGGUGAAAGAGAAUGAAAAGGUUCUAAAAGACUUCAUCAACGAUGUGGUGCCUGUCGAAUCAACCAACCAGCAGGGAUCUUCUCUAUCAAUGAUGCGUGUAAAACUCCCAGAGCUGAAGCUUCCUACAUUCGGUGGACACUUGAGAGAUUGGAUCACCUUCAGGGACACCUUUAAGAAUCUGAUUUCAGACAACGCACAGCUCACUGAGAUUGACAAGUUCACCUACCUUCGCACGUCUUUGUCAGGAAAAGCUCUGCAAGAAAUUGGAUCGAUAGAACUGUCAGCGGCGAACUAUUCGAUAGCUUGGAAGUUGUUGGAGUCCCGGUAUGAAAACAAAAAACUUCUUGUAAAAUCUCAUCUCGAUGCGCUGCUAUCGAUCGAGCCUAUGAAAAGGGAGAGUUUUGAAUCAUUGAACCAUGUGAUAAAUGAUUUCGAUAAGCAUUUGCAGAUGCUGCACAAGCUGGGUGAAAAUAUAUUCGGAUGGAGUACAAUAUUGGCACAUAUACUAGCGAGUAAGCUGGACACAACAACACUACGCUUGUGGGAAACAGAACAUCGAUCACGAGAAGUGCCCAGAUUUACCGCCAUGUUGGAGUUUCUUAAAAACCACUGUAUUGUUCUACAAUCCGUUACUCCCGAACGAUCCAGUUCCCAGCAACAUGAUCCCAAGAAGACAUCACGGGCGUUCAAUAGCUAUGCGGGGUCAACUCAAACAGCAUGUCCAUUCUGCGGCGAGUCUCAACAUCAAUGUUUCCAGUGUAAGAAGUUCAAACCCAUGAAGAUAGAGGAGAGAAGAAACGCGGUGAAAACUGGUCGACUGUGCUUUAACUGCCUAUCUCUAGGUCACAUUUCCAAAUCAUGCUCUCGCAGUUCCUGUCGAUUGUGUGGACAAUGA